AUGCUGACAAAAUUUCGGAACACGAAGGAGGAGGUGGUGGUGGAGGAGGCGGUGCUGGGUUCCCAGCAGCACUGCGAUUCACUGUCAUGCGACUGUUACUCGGCGGAAAAUAAUCUCUCAGUGUUCGCUGCUCCUACAACGGUCGACGCUGACAAGGGUGGUAGAGAUGCCCUCUUCGCUGAGAUCAACAAGGGUGAAGCUAUCACGGCAGGACUUAGAAGGGUCACCGCCGAUAUGCAGACCCAUAAAAAUCCUGCCUUACGUGAGCAUCCUUCACAGGACAAUAUUCGUAAGAACCAUCCGGAACACCCCUCAGCAUCUAAAACAACUGUACCAAUCCGUAACACCCCACGUGUUGAGUUGAAGGACGGGAAACAGUGGAACGUGGAAUUCAUUGUUGGCAAUCCCAGUGUGGUUGUUAAUGUGGCUAACAAAAAGCAAACCGUGUACAUUUACAAAUGCGAGGAUUCCGUGAUAGCGGUGAAGGGAAAGCUGAAUUCAAUCACGCUUGAUAGCUGUCGCAAAACAUCAGUCGUAUUCGAUGCUGUGGUUGCUCAGUGCGAAACUAUUAAUUGUCAGCGUGUAGAGAUACAGACCUUGGGCGAGAUGCCAACAAUUUCUAUUCAAAAAACAGACGGCUGUCAAGUUUAUCUCAGUGAAUCUUCGAAAGAUGCUGAAAUCGUAACGAGUAAAUCUAGCGAGAUGAAUGUACUCAUACCGAAAGGGGAUGGUGAUUAUAUCGAAUUCCCCAUUCCGGAACAAUUCAAAACGACAUUCGAUGGAAGGAAGCUGGUCACUUGUGUAUCAGAUAUAUCUUAG